AUAUCAUUCUCCUCUUCAAACACCAAUCUCUAAUCUCUCAUAUAGUUCAUACAUCGCCAGAUCCAACUUGACCUCUCUUUCCUUCUUCCUCUUCAUUAUUCUGUCCACCUGCAGCCAACCUCUACACACACGCAUAUAGACAUAAAACAUGCUUCUUCAACCUAUUUUCCUUUCUGUAAUCUCCUUCGUAUUCUGGUCGCGUUGGACACUUCACGGCGUCGUUUCGGAUCCACAGGCCAAUCUUAUGUACACCCGCUGCUCACCAUCUGCCAACCAAGUGGUCUUGCCCAACUUAUCCAUCUUCCAUGAAAACGUAAACGCAACGUUUCGAGAGAUCAAAGAGAAUAUCGUCUCUGAGAACAAGUACUUGGCGACGGCAAGGAAAGCCAACGCAGAAAACCCUGUUUCCACACUUUUUCAGUGUAGAAACUAUAUCUCCAUUCCCGACUGUGUCGCCUGCUUCGACGUCGCAGCCCGGCAAGUCCGUAAGUGUCCUCCGGCGGCACAAGGUGCCGGCGUUGUCUUCGAUGGCUGCUUCCUCAGGUACGAGACCAAUGCCUUCUUUUGGAAGACAACGGAGGAUUUCACUGCCGUAUCAUGUGGAAAUCAAACUGUAGGAGAAUCCAUUACAUUAUUUACCUCACUUGUGCAACAACUGCUGAAGAAUCUGCAAACAACAACACCCAAAAAGCAAGGGUUUUUUGCAGCCACAAAGAUAGAAUUGCCUGAUAAUAAUGGGCUUAUGCUGAUGGAUGUUUCAUGAGAUACUCCACCUCUUCCUUCUUUC